GCCUCCGGAACUUUUAAUUAUGUCCUUGUGUUUCCGGGGGGAAACAUUUUAGAGACGUUCUGGAGCGUUGUAGCUGAAACGGACAACUUUCUCCUCGUUUAAAGAAUCAUGGCCGAGACGUCUGAAAACAUGAAGAGCUACGAGGAUCUGUUUGCUCACAGGUUUUCCUCGGAGGAUAAGGAGUACCAGCAGUACCUGAGCCGACCUGCUGACCCCCCACCCGUCGUGGAGGACUGGGAGGGCCGGGCAGGAGGGAACCAGAGAGGCAGGGAUAACCGGUACCAAGACCGUCGCAGACCUCGGGGCCGUGGGUGGGGAGAAGAGCGUAGCUGGAGAGGGGGCCACCAGGGCCAGCAGCACUGGUCCGACCGAGACAGGCGCUGGGGUCAUGGAAGUGGGUAUCAGUCCGGACCUCCAGGAUACAACUCCCACCACCAGAGGCCACAUUAUGACCGUUAUUAAGCUCCAAAGCUGCAUCCAUUGGUCCUGAUUCUGAUUCUUGCCUCCUCAUGAGUGAUGAGCUCAGCUUUUAGAGAUAAAUGUCUCAUCAGGAAUUAUUUAUUGUAGCCUGGAAUCAUAUUUUCAAAGCUGGAGCUGUCAGCUGGACAAUUUGCUUUCUGUUUGUAAAAUGUCACAGAUAUUUUCAGGAGAUCAUUCUGUUGACAUUAGUUCCACCGGACAGUGUUGAUCUCACAGUGAAUCUGAAAUUAAAGGAGAAACAACUGUAUUCAA